AUGUCGCCUCAUGGCUCGGACCAGCUCGCCGAGGACAGCCGGGUCGUCUUGAAUGUCGGCGGCAAGACCUUCGAGACCACACGAACAACCCUCCAGUCCCUUCCGACAACGUUGCUGGGCCGGCUGUUUUCGGCCGCACCGUCAUCCUCGGUCGGGUCGCAGCGCCGGUCGCGGGUCUCGCAUCGUCAAAGCCAUUCACUUUCGGAAGCCUCGUCGGCAUCGACCAUGACAUGCUCCUCGACGGGGUCCAUCUCCGACUCCAAGGGACAACACUUUUUUGACCGCAACCCCACCAUCUUUGCCGCCGUCCUGGAGUUCUACCGGACAGCCGACCUGCCCAUCCAGAUUCCCCUGGGCGUCUCUGUGCGGGCGGUCGAGAAGGAGCUCGACUACUUUGGCAUGUGGGAUGCCAUCGAACAGAUCCAUCGCGAGACAGGCGAGCCCAUCUUUGACAACAGCCUCAACGACUAUUACUUUGACCGCUCCGCCUCGGCUGCCGCCAGCCGGUCGCCAUAUUACGGUGACUCGCAGCGGGACUCGGACUCCAUCUCCAACCUCUCCAUCCGCUCCUCGCGCCGCGGCUCGCAGCCUGGAGCCCCUGAAGCCGCCGCCGCCGCCGCCGCCGCUGCCACCCACAACCCUGCCUCGACAAACUCCACUCACAUCCCCCUCAUGCGCCUCGGCCAACGGGCCGCCGGGAUCGCAAGCAAAGCUCUGACAGCUGGACUGACAACUUUCUCGGUGGUGGUGCGUCCUGACGGACGCUGCGAAUCUAUCCCGCAGGUCCUGCACGACUCGUUCUGGCAGGAUUUCAGCUCGGCCAUGGUCACGUACGAGUCGCCGCUCGAGUUUGUCUCGUGUCUGAACGAGCUCGUCGCUUCCAUGGACCUGGUCCAGGUUACCACAGUGCGCUACAACUCUGCCACAAACUUUCACAGGCUUGGUCCUGUGCUGCUUCCGGGCGGCCUGUCGCUGACGGCGACCGAGGUCUUUGACGAGCGCGAGCAGUCCCUCAAGCUGAGAGUUCCCAGACGCAACAAGAACAAAAAGUCGCUGAGGUUGUCCAUGUCCGGGGGCCCUGGACUCGAAGAUGCCAUGGCCUCGCAGGCUGCAGACGAUCCGGACGACGAGCUGCGCCGAUACAGCACCCUCAGCACCCUGUCCCAUUUCCACCCAGAUGCCUUCCAUAGCACGGCCCAGUCGCAAGUCACCCUGCAGCGGUCGCAGUCCCUCAAUCUCACCCUGAAUCGCCCGUCGCUCUCCAAGGUCACCCAGCGGUUCUGGGAGCGCAAUCCAGGCAGCGGCCCAUCGUCGACAUGGUCAGCAGCAGCAGCAGCAUCGUCGUCGUCGUCGUCGUCGUCAUCGGCAAUGCCGCCACCAGCAUCGGCAUUCCCGGACAUGGGUGCCUCUGUUGCCAGGCUGGCUACGAGCUCCGACGCUGCUGCUGCCACACUCAAUCCAGAGACUGCCACCACCGACGCAGAUGGAGGCACCCCGCAUGCUGUGUCAAAAUCCUGGGGCAUGGGUACCAUCCGGUUUUUCCGCGGCUGGAAGAUUGUCUUCCAGCUCCCUGUCGCCAUUCUCAUCGACAAUGAUGACUGCAUCUCAGUUGAGCUGGGAAAUUGA